AUGGACAACAACUUCUUGUACCAACACUUGUCUGAAAGUGAUGAACCUGAUGAAAGUGACUUCUACCUCCCAGAUUAUGAUAAUCAAGAAGAGGAUGAUUCCAACUUCAUAUACAUCAUAAACACAAUCUUAAGUGGCACUGCUCGUCUCAACGUCCUCUUACCUACCGCUACAAUCCUUGCUUUCACCAUAUUUGCACCCAUACUAACCAAUGAUGGUCAAUGCAACAAAUUUGAACAAUGGAUGACUGGGAUUUUCUUGAUCCUAUCGGCUGCUUCUUGCGUGUUCUUCUCCUUCACCGAUAGCUUCAAGUCAGCUACCGGGAGACUGCAUUACGGGGUGGCAACUUUCAGUGGCAUUUGGACUUUUAAUGGAAGGAGGAUUAAGCCUUGUGUUCCAAGAGAUUAUAGACUUAGAUGGUCUGAUAUCUUCCAUGCAUCACUUUCUUUGAUUGCUCUUCUUACAUUUGCAGCAUCACACACUGAUGUGCUGCAAUGUUAUCGUUUUGUUGUACCACGAAAGAUCAUCAAUACUGUUCCACUGGUGAUUGGAUUUGUCAUUAGUCUUCUUUUUGUGAUUUUCCCUUCUAGAAGAAGAGGAAUUGGGUAUCCCUUCUUGCUGCAAAGUGAUAUAUAA